CACACUUUAGUUGACUGUUGACAUUUUUUUUAUGAUCAUGUCCUAUUCAAAUAUGUAUUGCACUUUGUUCAUCAUUUUUCCAGUUGGAAAAUCCAUGCUGAUUAAAAGAAAUUUCUUUGUGCUAUUGCUGUCGUGGGUGUUCAGCUUUUUGUCGUCUCUACUGCCUUUUCUUGUAUCAAUAAAAUGUCAGUUUCAGUUUGGGUAUAUCUAUCUUUUUCCCUUCUUUAAACCUUUCCACCUCAAACAGUAAUGAUGAUUUUCUCGUUAAGGGUAUCCUUAUUCAGGAGAAUCUGAGGCAUUUUUCCUUAACAGAACAGAACCACCCAUUAUAUCACCAGAUUAGUAUAGCAUCACAUUGACUUGAUUUUGUUCUUUCUCAUAUUCAAAUCUCUUAUCAGUUUCUGGGUUCCGCAUCGACAUGUCUCAAACAAGGCCACUUCGAAACAACGUACAGUUCAGUGACUCCACCUAUACGAAAAUCUUUGUUGGUGGGUUGGCUUGGAAAACUCAGAGAGACACAAUGAAACUUUACUUUGAGCAGUUUGGAGAAAUUCUUGAAGCUGUUGUUAUUACUGAUAAAAAUACUGGAAGAUCUAAAGGCUACGGUUUUGUUACGUUUAAGGAUCCAGAUUCAGCCAUGAGGGCUUGUCACAACCCUUCUCCUGUAAUUGAUGGAAGGACAGCAAAUUGCAAUCUUGCAUCACUUGGUGCCAACAAGAAUCGUCCCCCCGUUCCUCACCAUGGGAUGGGUAGACUUAGAGCAACAUCUGGAUUCAUGACACAACCCUUUUUUCAAGGCUCUUCGUCGACGUAUUUCCAUCAUUCGACUCCUCAUCCUUACUCGGCCUAUGGGUACACCGGAUACUACUCUCAAGAUGCUAUGUACAAUAACAUGAACUAUUACGGUUUAUAUAGGGGACAGCAUUGGAUGUACCCUAAUUUUUAUCCGACGUACAAUCAAUAUUCCCAAAGCGGCCAAGCGCCAGGUUUUGGAGUUCAGUAUCCUCAAAUGUUACAGUAUUCAUAUUUAUCCUCUCCUGUGAUAGUUCCUUCUUCAGGGGCUAUGGCAACAACCAGCACAGAUUCGACCAUAACUGCCAACAUGGUGCAAGAUGCUAUCUCCGAAUAGAAUUCGUCUCAGACAACAUACAUAAAUUCUUCCUGAAGACUAACAAGAUAUCGAAACAUUUUAGAGUCUCGACACUUGAUUCGUUUUCGAUUUAAUCUCGACUAGUUGCUAUUUAUUCUUGUAGUCGAAUGAUCUUUGUCUUCACCUACAGUGCCAAGGACAGGAUCAGACGAUUGUUUCUCUGAAGGCAGAGAGCACCUGAUCACAUGCAUUUUUUCAUAAUAGGCUAGGCUGGUUCAAAGUUAAUUUUGUACCUUUGAACCUCAAAUUAAAUGGUUGGCUUGGCCAGUAACAUUUAAUUUGUCUUCUACUUUGGAUGUUCAUAAUUUUAUGCUUUUGUUAGAUACAUUUGAUAGAAAAGAAAAUAGCAAUGCUCCUUGUAUAUUCCUUUUUGACUUGUUAUCUUUUCAUACAAUCUUUUAUCCCCUUUUGGAGGGUUCUAGACUAAUGUGUUUGGUAUCCAAUGAAUGAUGGAAUUAUUAUGUGUCUUCA